ACUGGUGCUGGUGUUCUGCGCGGUGGAAACUUGCCGUGGUGGCCUUGGGGCCCCGUGCCUUAGGCUCGGUCACCAUGGCCAGCGUCCACGAGAGCCUCUACUUCAACCCCAUGAUGACCAAUGGGGUGGUGCACGCCAACGUGUUCGGCAUCAAGGAUUGGGUGACACCGUAUAAGAUCGCGGUGCUGGUGUUGCUGAACGAGAUGGGCCGAACGGGCGAGGGCGCCGUCAGCCUCGUGGAGCGGAGGAGGCUCAACCAGCUGCUCCUACCGCUGCUGCAGGGCCCGGAUAUUACACUGUCCAAACUGUACAAGUUAAUUGAAGAAUCUUGUCCUCAACUGGCGAAUUCAGUCCAGAUCAGAAUCAAACUGAUGGCGGAAGGAGAACUGAAGGACAUGGAGCAGUUUUUUGAUGACCUCUCGGAUUCUUUUUCGGGAACUGAGCCAGAGGUUCACAAGACAAGUGUAGUAGGUUUAUUUCUACGUCAUAUGAUUCUGGCCUACAGUAAGCUUUCUUUCAGUCAAGUGUUUAAACUCUACACUGCCCUUCAACAGUACUUCCAAAAUGGUGAGAAAAAGACAGUGCAAGAUUCGGAUAUGGAACUGACAAAUAGAGAGGAGGGCGAAAGAAAGAUGGAGAAAGAGGAGCUCGAUGUAUCUGUCAGAGAAGAAGAAGUAUCCUGCAGUGGACCUCUUUCCCAAAAGCAAGCAGAAGUUUUUCUGUCUCAGCAGGCUUCUUUGUUAAAGAACGAUGAGACGAAAGCCCUCACACCAGCGUCUUUGCAGAAAGAACUGAACAACCUGUUGAAAUUCAAUCCUGAUUUUGCUGAGGCGCAUUAUCUCAGCUACCUAAACAAUCUCCGGGUCCAAGACGUGUUCAGUUCUACACAUAGCCUGCUCCAUUAUUUUGACCGCCUGAUUCUGACCGGAGCUGAGAGCAAAAGUAACGGGGAAGAGGGCUAUGGCCGGAGCCUACGCUACGCUGCGCUGAACCUGGCUGCCCUGCACUGCCGCUUUGGCCACUAUACUUCCGAUGAAAACCCUGUGGAUCACAUUUCUACUCCUGAGGUCCUAUACCAAGAAACGAUCGGACAAGGAUGCAAAGAGGGUUGUUUCGCUGCAGCUUCUGAAGUGUUAAAACAUUUGAAGGAACGAUUCCCACCCAAUAGUCAGCAUGCCCAGUUAUGGAUGCUCUGUGAUCAGAAAAUCCAGUUUGACAGAGCAAUGAAUGAUGGCAAAUACCACCUUGCUGACUCACUCGUUGCUGGAAUUACGGCUCUCAAUAGCAUUGAGGGUGUUUACAGAAAAGCUAUGGUGCUGCAAGCUCAGAACCAGAUGUCGGAGGCACACAGGCUCUUGCAGAAGCUGCUGGUCCACUGUCAGAAGAUGAAGAACACGGAGAUGGUGAUCAGCGUCCUGCUCUCGGUGGCCGAGCUAUACUGGCGAUCCUCAUCCCCUGCCAUUGCGCUGCCUGUGCUCUUACAGGCUCUGGCCCUCUCCAAGGAGUACCGGCUACAGUACUUGGCCUCCGAAACAGUGCUGAACUUGGCUUUCGCUCAGCUCAUCCUCGGAAUCCCUGAACAAGCCUUGAGUCUUCUCCAUAUGGCCAUUGAGCCCAUCCUGGCCGACGGGGCUGUCCUGGACAAAGGCCGUGCCAUGUUCCUGGUAGCCAAGUGCCAGGUGGCUUCCGCAGCUUCCUAUGACCCAUCAAAGAAAGCAGAAGCUCUGGAGGCGGCCAUUGAGAACCUCACAGAAGCCAAGAGCUACUUCACCAAGGUCGACUGCAAAGAGCAGAUCAGAGACGUUGUUUACUACCAGGCCCGGCUCUAUCAGGCCCUAGGGAAGACCCAGGAGAGGAACCGCUGCGCCAUGCUCUUCAGGCAGCUGCACCAGGAGCUGCCCUCUCAUGGGGUGCCCCUGAUCAACCACCUCUAGCAGGGCCUUGCCACCUGGACCAACGACUGUGGACUUGUUCAGCCUUGUUCCCCUCACAGGCUAUGUCUGUAAUGCGCUGACCCUCUUGUCAAUAAACUGCUUUUCCUGUGGUUUUA